AUGACAACGUCUACAACUUUAACUUUGUCUCAACUGUUGGUGGAAUUGGCUCAAAAUUCUAUCAAGAGUGAUGGAAAAAAUAUCAAUGAUUCAUACAACAUAUUCUAUACUACCGCAACAAAGAAUACCGUAUCUGAAUUUUCUACCAUACCAAAUUCCACAAGAUUAUUAAAUCAUGAAGAUCCAUUCAAUUACAUUAAGAGUCAUCUUGCAAAUGAUAAAUUAAAUACUAUCUUCACUAAUGAAUUGACCAUCUUGAAAGCUUUACCUCAUUUAUUAGAUUCCUCUUUCCAAGGUAAACCAAUCGUUAUUAACAUUGAUUUAGAUUUACAAGAUUAUUCGGUCAUUCCUUCAUUGAAAGAUCUACCAUUUUCUAUUUUCAUAUCAAAUGAUUCAAAUGAAAUCAUUGAAAAUUCCAAGUUAAUUCAAGAGAUUACCAUAAAUUCUUUAAUACCAAUCUUACAUUUCAUCAAUUAUAAGAAGAUCAAUCAAUUACAGAAACAUAUCCCAUUCAAUGAAAAUGAUUUCCAACAAUUUGAUUCAAUUCCAAAUGAACCUGAAACUUUUGAUUUCCAAUCAGAACCUGCUAACAAAUUUUUCAAUUUGUUUGUUCCAAAUGAUUCUGAAAAUAAACCUUCUACUCUUUUAAUUAAUUUAUCUCCUUAUCAUGAAGAAUUUAAACAAAAUUUACCUUCUAAUGAUGUCGCUUUAUUAUCUUUCAAGAUUUAUAGACCAUGGAAUUUAUCAAAAUUAUUAUCUAUAAUCCCAUCUUCUAUCAGAAAAUUCGCUAUCAUUCAAGGUGCUGCCAUUGAUACCACUUCCAACACAACAACUUCAACUCCAACUUCAACUUUCCAACCUUUAUUGUUAGAUUUCUUCUCUGAUUUUAAUCUAUUAGUAGAGAAAUCCAUCGAUCAACUCAUUGUGACUAAUGUUGGUAUCUUAACUAAGGAUUUUAAAGAUACUCUAGAAAUCAUAGUUAAUAACGUGAAAAAGCAAAAUCCAAUUCAAUCUUUAUUCUUAGGUAAAUCAAAUGAUCUUAUUACUGAAAUUGAUUCAACAAUCCUUUCAUCUUCUUCAUCACUAUCAAAUGUUCAAAAUUUAGAAAACGCUUAUUUGAAAGUAUUAAGACAAUUAUUUAAUUCAAAUUUAAAUAUUUUAAAUGAAUAUUCAAGUGAAACUGUUCAAGCAAAUAAUCCAGAAUUCGGUUUCGGUAAUUUCUUACAAAAUGAAACCGUUCAUUCAAAAUUAUUAUCAUUAGCCAAGAAAUCAUUAGAUCCAUCAUUAUAUAAUUCUACAAAGGCUAAUGAAAUUGUUCAAUUAUUAUCCAAAUGGAUUGGUUUCCAUGAUAAAAAGAUAAACUUAAACGAAUCCAAAUUAUUAGAAGCAAAUGAAAUUGCUCAUCAAUUAUUCGAUCUUUUACAAUCAAAUCAAGAUUCACAAACUGCUUUGAAUUUCUUACAAAUUGCUCCAACUAUUGAUCAAUUCCUUUUCAAAUCAAACUGGUUAAUUGGUUCUGACGCUUGGUCUUACGAUUUAGGUCAUUCCGGUAUUCAUCAAGUAUUGGCAUCACAAAAAAAUAUUAACGUACUAUUAAUCGAUUCGGAACCAUAUGACGUUAGAAAAUCUUCUCCACGUAGUAAGAAAGACGUUGGUUUAUAUGCAAUGAAUUUUAACGACGUUUAUGUCGCUUCUGUCGCGGUUUAUUCAUCUUACACACAACUAUUAACUGCUAUCAUUGAAGCUUCUCAAUUUAACGGUCCAUCCAUAGUCUUAGCUUAUUUACCUUAUCAUUCGGAAAAUGAUACUCCAAUUGAAAUUUUAAAGGAAACUAAAAAUGGUGUUGAGUCCGGUUACUGGCCAUUAUAUAGAUAUAAUCCAUCAAAGGAAGAUAUUGAAAAUGAAGAUGUAUUUAAAUUAGAUUCAUCCGUCAUUAGAAAUGAAUUACAAAAAUUCUUAGAUCGUGAAAAUAAAUUAACUCUAUUGGCUGAAAAGGAUGCUCAAUUCGCAAGAGAUUUGAAAAAUUCUGAAACUGAUAUCAUCACUCAAAAGCAAGAAAGAAGAGCAAAAGCUGCAUUUGAUGAAUUAUUAGAAGGUUUAUCUGGUCCACCUUUACAUAUUUAUUAUGCUUCUGAUGGUGGUAACGGUACUAAUUUAGCUAAGAGAUUAGCAAACCGUGCUGCUGCAAGAGGUUUGAAAGCUACCGCUUUAUCCAUGGAUGAUAUCAUUUUGGAAGAUUUACCAGGUGAAGAAAAUGUUAUCUUUAUUACUUCCACUGCUGGUCAAGGUGAAUUCCCACAAGAUGGUAAGGCAUUUUGGGAUAAUAUUAAAUCUUCUACUGAUUUAGAUUUGAAUUCUUUAAAUGUCGCUGUUUUCGGUCUUGGUGAUUCCAUGUAUUGGCCACGUAAAGAAGAUAAACAUUAUUUCAAUAAACCUGCUAAGGAUCUUUACAAACGUUUAGAAUUAUUGACUGCUAAUCCAAUUGCUCCAAUAGGAUUAGGUGAUGAUCAAGAUGCUGAUGGUUAUCAAACUGCUUAUGAACCAUUUGAAAAUGCAAUUUGGGAAUUCUUUGGUGUUGACAACGUUGCCGUGGAAGAUGAACCAAAACCAUGGACUAAUGAAGAUAUGAAAAUUAAUUCUGAUUUCUUAAGAGGUACUAUCGUAGAAAGUAUUGCUGACCCAACUACUGGUAAUAUUCACCCUUACGAUGCUCAGCUGACUAAAUUCCAUGGAUGUUAUAUGCAAGAUGAUCGUGAUAUUAGAGAUAUUCGUAAAGCUCAAGGUUUAGAACCAUUAUACAGUUUCAUGUCAAGAAUUAGAUUACCUGGUGGUCAACUUACUCCAGAACAAUGGUUAGCAAUGGAUAAAAUUAGUUCAACUGUUGGUAAUGGUACAAUGAAAGUUACUACAAGAGCAACUUUUCAGUUACACGGUAUUAUUAAACAAAAUAUGAAACAUGCAAUCAGAGCUAUGAAUUCCGUCUUAUUAGAUACUUUGGCUGCUUGUGGUGAUGUUAAUAGAAAUGUCGUGGUUACGGCUUUACCUGCCAAUGCUAAGGUUCAUACCCAAGUUGCCAAAAUGGGUGCCAAUAUUUCUGAAUAUUUCUUACCAAAGACUACUGCAUAUCAUGAAAUUUGGUUAGAAGGUUUAGAUGAUAGAGAUGAUGAUAAAUCAUGGCCUGAAACCUUUGCCAAUAGAAAGGAAGGUCCAAGAAAGAAGAAAACUUUAGUUAGUGGUAAUGCUCUAGUGGAUAUCGAACCAAUCUAUGGCCCAACUUAUUUACCAAGAAAAUUCAAAGUUAAUAUUGCUGUUCCACCUUAUAAUGAUGUAGAUGUUUUCUCUUCAGAUAUUGGUCUUAUUGCUAUCCUUGAUGAAGCUACUCACGAAGUUAUUGGUUACAACAUGUAUGCUGGUGGUGGUAUGGGUACAACUCAUAACAACAAGAAGACAUAUCCAAGAACUGGUUCUUUGUUAGGUUUCGUUAAGCCAGAAGAUGUUAUUCCUGCUAUUCAAAGUGUUAUGAUUAUUCAAAGGGAUAGUGGUGAUCGUAAAGAACGUAAACAUGCUCGUUUAAAGUAUACUAUUGAUGAUAUGGGUAAUGAUGUCUUUAGAGAAAAAGUUGAAGAAGGUAUGGGUAAAAAAUUCGGUCCAGAACGUCCAUAUGAAUUCAAAUCUAAUAUCGAUUACUUUGGUUGGGUUAAAGAUGAAACUGGGUUAAAUCAUUUCACUGCAUUCAUUGAAAAUGGUAGAAUUGUUGAUACUCCAGAUGCUCCUCAAAAAACUGGGUUAAGAAAAGUAGCUGAAUUAUUACAAAAGAAUAAAUCUGGUCAAUUUAGAUUAACAGCGAAUCAACAUGUCUUAAUCUCUAACAUUGAAGAUCAACACUUAGAUGGUGUUAAAGCUAUCUUGAAAGCAUACCAAUUAGAUAACAAUUCUCUCAGUGCAUUAAGAUUAGGUUCUUCAUCAUGUGUCGGUUUACCAACAUGUGGUUUAGCAAUGGCUGAAUCAGAACGUUAUUUACCUGUUUUAAUCACUCAAAUUGAAGAUAUUCUAGAAGAAUAUGGUUUACGUCAUGAUUCUGUUAUUAUGAGAAUGACUGGUUGUGCUAAUGGUUGUUCCCGUCCAUGGUUAGCUGAAUUGGCUUUAAUCGGUAAAGCUCCUCAUACUUAUAAUUUGAUGCUUGGUGGAGGUUACUAUGGUCAAAGAAUUAACAAGUUAUAUAGAGCUUCUGUUAAGGAUGAUGAUAUUUUAGAUAUUUUAAAACCAUUAUUUAAGAGAUGGGCAUUAGAAAGAGAAGAAGGCGAACAUUUUGGUGAUUUCUUAAUUAGAGUUGGUAUUGUUAAUGCAACUACUGAAGGUAAAUAUUUCCAUGAUGAUAUUAAAGAAGAUGCUUAUUAG